UACGUACUACGUUUUGAUCUCGUGGUACCGAGCUGUCAACUAUCGGAGCCUGCAAAUGCCACUAUUGAAGAUAUCGUGCCGACCUGAAAAGAGCACUUGAAAGUCGUAGAUAUACAGGAAGACGAAACAGGAAUCUGAAAUGAUGAAAUGACAUUAGAAAAAUGCUUCAACACAUUUCAACUGCGCAAAUCCAAGUGCUGUCAAGGUAUAAGUAGAUGUUUUUAUUACCAUCAAUCUUCAGGUCGUCUAACUCCAAAGGGGGGUUUUGACCCUCUCAAAUGGUUGUUCUAACUGUUAUGAUGGCGAGAAGACGGAGGGGUGCUCUACCAGUCAUAACGGAGCCAGGAUUCGUCGAUCUAACCUCAACAGACAGAGAAAGCUGCAGCAACACUUGCAAUAAUAAUGAUGAGCAAAGUAUUAGCAAGGUUUUACUAAAACCUCCCAGCGUCGCAGACGAAGCAUCCUGCGCAUGCUCAGUAGAAAGAUAUAAGUUGACAGUUGUUGGAGACAGCGAAUGCGGCAAGACGUCGCUUUUAAACGCACUGGUAAAAAGUGAUUUUGAUUUUGAGGUAGAAGAGAGCGCGAUCUUCGACGAGUGCGUGACUGACAUCAAAUCAGGAGACAGCAGCUUAGAGUUUAUGUUGUGUGACUGCUCAGGUCUCGAAAACUAUGAGAGUAUACGACGUUAUAUGUAUGCAGAAACCGAUGUUUUUCUUCUCUGUUUUGAUAUCGGGAAUCCGUCUUCUCUAGAUAAUAUCGUCAGUAAGUGGGUGAAAGAAAUAAAAGAGGAAUGUCCUGGUGUCCCGUAUCUGUUGGUUGGCUGUAAAAACGACCUCAGAACAGACUCAGCUUUACAGUUUUACUUAACGGUACCUGGCGACAGCUCCAGCGAACCUGACAGCAUUUCAAGAAUAAAAGCGAUCUCCACAGCACAAAGCAUAGGAGCAAAAGAUUACGUCGAAUGCUGCGCCAAGACACGAUGGAACAUUAAGGAAGUGUUCAAAGGAGCAGCCGAUGCAAUUCUCUGUAAAGAAGAAAACACAGAAGUCGUCAAACCUCAGUCAAUGCUACGGAGAUUUUCUCGGUUUGCUCGACGAAGUUCAGCAGCUGAUGCCACAGCUAAUGACUGUAACAGUGUUGCAUUGUCGUUCGCUAGCGGUCCUCGGAGGCUAUCGCUUUUCUCGACAGGUUGAUACUUUCGUAUUUAUAUCAAGACCUUCAUAUCAUGGAAUCGCGAGAUUCUUCGUUCAUGUUCAUCUAAAACGACCUACGCUUGGCAGAAUCUGUUCCAGUCUCGUUCUCGAGUCACGUUUUCCUGCCAAAAAUUCGAACUUCGAGCGCGCGUAUGACCUUUUUAAGAUGUGACGUAUUUCCGGUUCCAACUGUGCUCACAAAAUUGAAAGCCAAAUAAUAAAAUAAAGCAAAAAAUGAUCGCGCAAAUUAAAACUCCAUCUGAAACAAUUAGUACUUUGAACAAAAUAUCCUGUUAUCAGUUUUAAAAAAAAAAAUCUUUAUAGAACGGGCAUGCUUUUCGUUUUGGACUUGGAGGACGUUUUUCCAUACGAAUGACGUCACUAAAAGCUAUCAGGAAAGAAGAACAAAAGCAGUUUAACAAAUGGCGAAUUAUAUAUUUCCAAACAAAUACAUAUUUACAAAUAUCAAAGUAUCAAAAAGUGCCCUCGAAUGUAAAUAGUUUUUGAAACCAAAAUGAAACUAAAUAUUACGAUCGUGUCGUCAUUGCCUGACACGUGACCACAGGAAACCCAACUAGAUGUAAAUAGCAAACGACCACCGAAAUUAUUUAUGACUUUCAACCUGCUAAACAAAACCUAAAAUGUAUGAUUCAGCGUAUGAUUCAGUUUAUUAACGGUUUUUAACAUUUCAAAUUUGGGCUUCCUGUGUCAGGUAAACUAAGGAUUUGGAGUAAGUUAGUGACACAGAUUAUGAUACAGAUUUAUUGUAUGUAUAGGGUAAGAAUACAGUAUUUUAUUAAUAAAAGAUGUUAUUUGAACGGU